UUAUGAUACAACAAAACAACAUAUACAUAUUUUCUUCUGUAGCUCGCCCCACAAGAGAUAUUGUGUAGUGAUAAUAUUACCGUGUUUUACUAACUAGUUCACAAACCGGAACCAAUGACAUAGGGCUGCGAGGCUCGCCCACUAACCGAGUUACACCGAGCCCAACACGUUAACGUUGCAUCCGGUCAAAUUGCACUCGUAGCAGUAAUCAUGUCAGCGUUUUCUGAAAUGGGGGUUAUGAAUGAAAUUGCGCAGGCUACGGAAGAGUUGGACUGGCUGCUACCUACUGACAUCCAGGCAGAGUCCAUUCCCCUUAUUCUCGGAGGAGGAGAUGUACUUAUGGCAGCAGAAACUGGUAGUGGUAAAACAGGAGCCUUCAGUAUUCCAGUGAUCCAGAUUGUGUAUGAGACCCUGAAGGAUCAGCAGGAGGGCAAGAUGGGCAGAGCUUCCAUCAAGACUGGAGGAGCUAUUUUAAACACUUGGCAGAUGAAUCCUUAUGACCGCAGCCCAGCCUUUGCAAUUGGUCCAGAUGGACUGUGCUGCCAGAGCAGGGAAUUUAAAGAGUGGCAUGGCUGUCGCUCUACAAAAGGAGUCACCAAAGGGAAGUACUGUUACGAGGUGACCUGCCACGACCAGGGUCUAUGUCGCAUUGGCUGGUCCACCAGUCAGGCAGCCCUGGACUUGGGAACUGAUAAGUAUGGUUUUGGUUUUGGUGGGACUGGGAAGAAAUCCAACAACAAGCAGUUUGACAGCUAUGGAGAGGAGUUCACCAUGCAUGACACUAUUGGAUGCUACUUGGAUCUAGACAAGGGACAAAUUUCCUUCACUAAAAAUGGUAAUGACCUGGGUUUGGCUUUUGAGAUCCCUCAACAUGUGAAGAAUCAGUCCUUCUUUGCCUCCUGUGUGCUCAAGAAUGCAGAGCUGAAGUUCAACUUGGGAGGAGAAGAGUUUAAACAUGCCCCUAAGAGUGGGUUUGUUGCCCUCAACCAGGCGCCAGAGGGCCACACAGUCAAAUCUUCUCAGUCAGGCAGUGCCAGAGUGAGUCAGGUGAAAGGCUCAUCCAACGCACCCAAAGCCCUGAUCAUCGAGCCGUCUAAAGAAUUGGCCGAACAAACCCUCAACAAUGUCAAGCAAUGUGGGAAAUAUGUGGAUAACCCCAAACUCAGGAACCUGUUGGUGAUUGGUGGUGUGCCUGCCAAAGACCAGCUGGCUGCUCUGGAACAGGGGAUUGACAUUGUGGUGGGAACACCAGGCAGACUAGACGACCUCAUAUCCACUGGGAAGCUCCUUCUCUCCCAAGUCCGCUUUCUAGUCCUGGAUGAGUGUGACGGCCUCCUGUCCGCAGGCUAUACAGACUUUAUCAACAGGAUCCAUAAUCAAAUCCCUCAGGUCACUUCUGACGGCAAGAGACUGCAGGUGAUCGUUUGUUCGGCCACGCUGCAUUCGUUUGACGUGAAGAAGCUGUCCGAGCGCAUCAUGCACUUUCCCACUUGGGUGGACCUGAAGGGGGAGGACUCUGUUCCCGAGAGUGUCCACCAUGUGGUAGUGCCCGUCAAUCCGAAGAACGAUCGCCUCUGGGAGCGCCUGGGCAAGAACCACGUCCGGACUGAUGAAGUCCAUGCUAAAGACAACACCAGACCAGGAGCCAAUUCUGCAGAAAUGUGGUCAGAAGCCAUCAAGGUGCUGAAGGGCGAGUACACAGUGAGGGCCAUCAAAGAGCACAAGAUGGACCAGGCCAUAAUCUUCUGUCGCACCAAGAUCGACUGUGACAACAUGGAACAGUACUUCAUUCAGCAAGGAGGAGGUCCCGACAGUAAAAGCCACCAGCUUUCCUGCGUCUGCCUUCAUGGUGAUCGUAAGCCCAAUGAGCGGAAAACUAACUUGGAGCGCUUCAAGAAAAAAGAAGUGAGGCUCUUGGUCUGCACAGACGUAGCGGCCAGAGGAAUUGACGUCCACGGAGUUCCUUAUGUGAUUAACGUCACUCUGCCAGAUGAGAAGCAGAACUACGUCCAUCGUAUCGGCAGAGUCGGAAGAGCCGAUAAAAUGGGACUGGCCAUCUCCUUGGUUGCGAUGGAGAAGGAGAAGGUGUGGUACCACGUUUGCCCAAACCGAGGCAGAGGCUGCUACAGCACCCGCCUGAAGGAGGACGGAGGUUGCACCAUCUGGUACAACGAGAAAGAGCUCCUGUCAGAUAUUGAGGAGCAUCUAAAGUGCACCAUCACCCAGUGUGAGCCAGACAUCAAAGUACCUUUGGAUGAUUUUGAUGGAAAGGUCACCUAUGGUCAGCGCAAGGCAUUGGGAGGUGGUAACUACAAGGGCCACGUGGAUGCUCUGGCCCCGACGGUCCUGGAGCUGGCUAACCUCGAGAGAGAAGCCCAAUCUUCCUUCCUCCACCUGGGAUACAUGCCGAACCAGCUUUUCAGAGCUUACUGAACGCAUCCCAACUAGCAUAACGCUGUAGGCUGCACUGAUACGGAAUAAAGAAAUGUGGAACAUUUUCACAUGUCGCACCAACAGGAUACAAAAUCGUCCUGCAACAAUGUCUCAUUGUGCAUUUAUAUUACACUUUUUUUUUCACACCAGCAAGACAUAUAAACUUAACCUCGUAAAUGAUUUAUUGUACAUGAAAUGUAUACUAAAAGGUGUCACAAUCUCGCUAUUUCACUGGGGAUGCCAAACUUGUCCUUGGCAUAUAAUGCUAACACUAAUUCAAACCUAUUUUGUGUUUUGUUUACUGUGGUUGAAUUAAAUAUUUAAGUUUCCUUAUUGGCUAAAAAGUCAAUGUAUGGCUGGGUGUUUGUUUUCUGAAAUAAACUGUGUUAGCCUGCUCA